CGACGAUAUGUCACACGUAUUGGGUCCACUGAGAACUCACCAGCUGUCUGAAGAAGUGUGCAUGAUCUGAAGAGGCAGAAUGGGUAGGAGUUAUUUUGUAGAUGAAGCUGUGGAGGAAUAUCUUAGUGGGCUUCAGGCAGCUCCUGGAUCAUGUGUGACCGGACUCCUGGCUGGUCAAUCCUCUCCUCAGAGAGAUUUUGUGGUGCUGGCUGUGCAGACUCCUCACAGGGAGAGUGAGGGGCAGCCGAAGGCUUCGAGAGGGGUCAGCCCACUGGAUGACAUUGAUGUGGAGUGGGUCACAGAACAUGCCAAGCAGGUGUCCCGCAUGUUACCAGGAGGUCUUUGCAUUCUUGGCCUGUUUUUAGUGACCCCACCUGAACUCUCCAAAGAUGCCCAAAAUGCAUUAAAAAGGCUUAUAUUUGCCAUGGAUAAAUACAUCAUUAAAGGGAGAUUGUGGGAACUGUCAGAGGAGGAUGUGACUGAUCGAGUCACCCUGCAUAUCUGCUUCAAAACAAAGAAACUUGUCUGCAAAACAUUUGAUGUAAAAGAUCCAAAGAGUUCGGCCAAGCCAGCAGACUGGAAGUAUCAGACAGGUAUCUCAUCAUCCUGGCCCAUGCUGACCUGCUCUGUUGAGGUGGAUCUGCAGAUCCCUGUGACAGGAUCUUCUUCUGAUAACACAGACAAGUGCAUGAAGGAUGGUCUUAGGAGGUGGGCUAAACAGAUCGAGGCUGCUUACUGUCUCAUAAAUGGCAGACAGGCAUUAGAUGACUCUGAGCUUAUAUCAGGACAGAAAAAGAACCCCAAAACAACCAAUCGUCAGACACUGCCAGCACGGAUCUUUGUCUCAGAUGAACAGUCAGAGCUGGAUGAGCGGAGCAGUGCUCUGGUUCAGGUGUGCAGUGGCUCCAUGAGGGUUCGAGGGGUGGUUCACUGCAGGGCCUACAUCCACAACAACAAACCCAAAGCCAGACAUGCAGCACAGGCCAUUAAGAGAGACAUCAUAAACACGGUUUGCUCCAGAGUGGAGAUGUUUCUGGAAGAUCUUUUAAUAAAUGAAGGGAGUCAAAAAGGAUUGUGCAGUGGGCAGCAGGCCCUUCCUCGGCGUGUGUUUGCACCAAUGCCCAUCUCUGGCCUGUCUGUGUGUGACUACAUGUUCCCAGACGAAAGUACAGCUGAUGUGGCCGAGCGUCUGAAAGAGAUGCUGGACUGCGAAACACCAGAAGAGGACAUAGAUACUAGUUUGGAGAGCAAUCAAUUAUUUUCCACUGUUUCUGGAUCGGAGAUAACUGACAGCCAUGACGAUGAUUCCAGUAAGCAUGUCAUCUCAGAAAUCCAAGCUGAAAAUCCCAAAAUUCAGAAAGCCCCUCAAUAUUAUGCUGGUGUGGCCGUAGCAGCAGCCAUUGCUCUCCUUGCCACAGCCACAUCUCUACUGUAUUUCAGUUAAUGGAAAUAGCAAAAAUGUUUGUAUGAGUGAGUGUGUAUGUUUGUAUAAUAUACUGUAUGAUGUUAAAUAUGAUUUCAAAUAUAAUUUUUAAAUUUGGACUAUUAUAGGAUUAUAUAAAAUACAAUAUAAGGCAAACGUAUAUGGAGACUCCCUUAUAAUCAAUAGGUUUGGCUAUUUGUGUCAAGUCAAAUAUUAAUGUUACACUAUACAAUUACAAUCUAGAGAAUUAUGUCCCCAACGUUUACUGUCUGACCCCACUCAUGGGUUCAUUUUCUUCUGAAAUUAAAUGUUCGUUGAGAAACACUUCACAAACUGUCACAAAAGUUGAAGCUGAAAUUAGUGGAAUAGACAAACCCGACGUUCUCAUAUAUUUGGCCAUCAAAAUAUAUAUUUCAAACCUGUUAAUUGAGUAAUGAUAUACUGGUUACUUAAUGUAAAUUACAAUUAUGUGUUUUGAUUUUUUUUCUUGGAAUCUUUCCUCCUAAUUUUCUUUGUUGGAAGAUUGCUCACUAGUGGCAUGUUUGCACUCAUGCAGCCUCAAUAAAAGAUCAAAAGAAAAA